AGAAUAUGAUGAGAAAGCCAACAAUAUGCUCAGUCCUUUAAAAACACAAUAGGACUCAAUUUUAAAACGUCGAAUGUUAUUUGUUUUCCUUUUUACUUCAACCGAUUUGUGCCCAUGUUCACCACUGACUGGACAACAAUGGAUGAUAAAUACGUGUCCAAACUGUCACCUACUGUUGAUUUUUGGGCCGGGAUGUAUCUGGUAAUAAUAGCCGUCCUGUCUAUCGUGGGGAAUGCAGCAGUCCUGGCCAGUGCAGCCCAUCGCCUCACUUCACUCAAAGCUCCGGAGCUGCUGACAGUAAACUUAGCAUUAACAGACAUGGGCAUGGCCCUCAGCAUGUAUCCUCUGUCCAUUGCCUCAGCUUUUAACCAUGCCUGGAUUGGUGGUGAUGCCUCUUGCCUCUACUACGGCCUGAUGGGUAUGAUCUUCAGUUUAACCAGCAUCAUGACUCUGGCUGUGAUGGGGAUGAUCAGGUUCCUGGUAACAGGAAGUCCACCUGAGACAGGGCUCAGGUUCCAGAGGCGAACUGUCUGCGUUGUGAUCACUGGGAUCUGGCUGUACGCCGUCCUGUGGGCUUUGCUGCCUCUGUUCGGCUGGGGCAGUUAUGGCCCAGAGCCAUUUGGAUUUGCCUGCUCGAUAGCCUGGACCGGCUACGGGAAGUCUCUGAACCACUUCACCUUCAUCAUAGCUAUGUCCAUUUUCUGCACAUUCCUGCCCAGUCUGGUCAUUGUCUUCACCUAUUUUGGCAUUGCCUGGAAGCUGCACAGAGUCUACAAAUCCAUCCAGCACAACGACUUUCAAUACGGCAACAUCGAGAAGAAAAUCACCUUUAUGGCCGUGUCGAUCACCUUAGGCUUCCUCACUGCCUGGACACCGUAUGUGGUCGUCAGUUUCUGGAGCAUGUUUCACUAUCAGGAGCAGGACCACUUGGAUCCCUUCAUCGCUCUGCUUCCCUGCCUCUUUGCUAAGAGUGCCACCAUGUACAACCCUUUCAUAUAUUUCAUCUUCAGGCGCACCGCAUGGCACAAGCUCCUGCACCUCCACAGACUGGGCUUUUGUUGUUCGUGUCGGGUCUGUUUCCCUGCCGAAGAGCCCAAAAUGACCAUCAAAAUGGUUGACAUCUCAGAAUGCAGCAUUACCAGAGAUAAAAUGUUUGCAGGACGUGUGACGAUAGGGACGAGUGAGAUAUGACUGUGGCAUAAGAGUGUUGACAGAAAACUGUCAUUUUUGAGAAGAACUGCAUGUAGCAAUGCAAUUAUAUUAAAACAAAGAUGUAAAAAGUUACCUUCCACUGUUCAGACUUAACAACAGUCUCUUUGGGUUCUCUGGCUUCCUCCCACUGUCCAAAAAAAAUGUGGAUUGACCAUAAGUGUGAGUGUGAGAGUGAUGAUGUGCAAUGGCCCUGCGAUGGACUGGUGACCUGUCCACGGUGUACCCUUCAUUUCACCCUGUGAAGAUAAAAAACUGGGAUUGGCUCCCUUAUUUGAUUGAUUGAUUGAUUGAUUUUUAACCGAGUAGCAUUUAUGAAUGUGUGUUCCAUGAUUCUGGUGAACUCAUAGAUUUCCAGACUCCUGGGUGUCCUCACUUUACACCGGAGGCUCAGUUUAAAGGGGAAAUGAUGCAGCGUUGAACUGUGGUGUGCAGGAAAUAUAUGUAGUCCAAUGAAACGGAGGACUGGAUAACUUGGAUAACCUUUCCAGUUUCGCAGAUGGAAAUAAUAGUGCACCACACAUUGUGCAUGAAUUUGGCCAUAAGGACUGAGUAUAACAUUACAGUUUUUCUA